AUCACUUUGGGAAUUCCAACGAUUUGUUUAAUCGAUACAAAUUGUGACCCAGAUCUAGCAGAUAUUUCGAUUCCAGCUAAUGAUGAUGCUAUAGCUUCAAUCCGAUUAAUUCUUAACAAAUUAGUUUUUGCAAUUUGUGAGGGUCGUUCUAGCUAUAUACGAAAUUUUUGA